GAAGAUGCAGCCUAUUUCCAUCACCAUCAUUAUCAUCAGCAACAACUGAACUCGUCCUUCUCACUUGAUGAUGAGUUUGAUUUGUUCCAUCCAUAUUUUCCUUCAGAGCCCUGCUCGAACUCAUCACCAUCCUAUCUGGUCCCUCUUAUUAGCCCCGACGCGAUGCCCGGUUUGACCGCCCAAUCCGUCAAAAAUCCUCAAGAGUUCACUGAAAGGCCCCGGAAACAGCUCAAGACCGAGAGCUGGAACUCUCCGAGCGCACCGGAGCACGGAACGAUGACUCGCAACGUGUUGAUAUCCCCAUCUCCGUCUCCAUCUCCUUCUCGGUCUCCUGACUCCCACUUGAUAUCGUUCGGGAACCCGGAGUCUUCGCCAGCCAUAUCCAAUCCGAUCUAUGGUACUUAUGAAAUCCAAGAUUGUGAGGGACCAAAGAUGAAAAACGCCGGUGCGGCGAGCAGGAUGCUGGUACACGCACAAGAGCACGUGCUAGCCGAGAGGAAGCGCCGCGAGAAGAUCAGUGAGCGUUUCAUCGCGCUCUCAGCCGUCAUUCCCAAUCUUAAGAAGAUGGACAAGGGUUCCAUCCUUGAGGAUGCCACCAAGUACUUGAAAGAGCUUCAACAACGCGUCAAGGCCCUUGAGGAGGAGGCGGCAGCGGCGAAGACUGUGGAGUCGGUCGUCGUCGUGAAGAAGUCCCAUCUUGCCACGGACGAUGACACAUAUUCUUCGUCCGACGAGCACUCUUGCGGCCAAAUUGACCAGCAACUCUUGCUCCCAGAAAUCGAGGCGCGAGUCUCCGGAAACUGUGUCCUCAUCAAAAUCCACUGUGAGAAGCGCAAUGGCUUUAUACCGAAGAUGAUCAGCGAAAUAGAGAAACUGAACCUAACCAUCGUGAACAAUUGCAUCAUGCCCUUUGGGAGUUCCAUACUAGAUGUUACCAUUUUAGCUCAGAUGGACGUGGGAUACAGCAUGAAAAUGGGAGAUCUCGUGAGGAAUCUGCGUCGAGCUCUUCUGGACUUCAUGUGAUCUCCUGCAAAAUUCUCCUCUCGUCAGAAGCUGGCGAGCAACAGCGUACAAAAACCCUAAUAGCAAUUCUUCAUCUACUUCAUGUGAUCUCCUGCAAAAAGAGGGUGCCCCUGAAUCACUCUCUCCGAUCCGGACCACACCAAACUCUUCGCGAACGCCAAAACAUUGGCUCUGGUUUUUAGUCUGGAGUCUCCUAUUAUUUUGCAGGUGGGUUUUUUCCCCUUAUUUUUUGAGUGGUCGACCCGUUGACCGCGUUCAAAAACACCCACCUGCUGUGUAAGGAAAGUCUCCAGGAACUUUUUUCAAGAGGGGUUUUAGAGAGAGGUCUGACUUUUUCAGAUGAGACCUCUCUCUCUCUCUCUCUCUCUCUCUCUCUCUCUCUCUCUACAACUUGAUUUGGCAUGUGGUCUUUCUUGAAGAGAGAUAGAAAACUGGCACUCCAUUUUGUUUAUUCGUAAGGUGGAAUCAGCUUGGGAGUCGUCUCGAGAGAUGCUCUUUGUCUUGUUGUGCGCUUCUGUGAGUUGAAUUCUUGUGAUGUGUAUAAUCUUAUCUCUCCACUUUGUUUAAACUUUUUUUGUACA